GGAGGGGUCUGCUAUAAUAUUGCCGUGCCAACGUCGUCGGCGAAUGCAGGGUCCGGGAACAUCUACUUCCAGAUCAUAGCGUCGACAGAUUUCCAAUGGGUGGCAUUGGGUACCGGCUCGGGCAUGGCGGGCUCCAACAUCUUCCUCAUGUACCAGGACGGAAACGGGAACCUGACGCUGUCGCCUCGUGUGGCCACUUCGUACAGAAUGCCAACUCUCGACACGAGCAGCACCGCAGCACAGCUGACGCUCCUAGCUGGCAGCGGAGUCUCAGACGGUGUAAUGACGGCCAACAUCGCAUGCUCCAACUGUCAGACAUGGAGCGGCGGACAAAUGUCUCUGUCAGACACCAACGCGCCUUGGAUAGGAGCCUGGAGGCGGGGGUCAUCGCUGGCGACAACCAACAGGGCCGCCAACAUCGCCCAACAUGACGGCCAUACGCAGUUCCAGGUCGAUCUGACGCGCGCUACCAUUGAUUCCGACAGCAACCCGUUCGUCGAGGCCGGUAACUCGGGAAGCGGGAACAAUAGCGGUGGCGGUAGUAGUGGCGGCGGUGGAGACAGCAACGGCGGCAACAGCAAGGCGACGAUCUUGGUGGCGCACGGAGUCAUCAUGGCGAUAGUCAUGGCCGUUCUCUAUCCCCUGGGCUCGUUGUUGAUGCCGCUGCUAGGGAAGUGGUGGCUGCAUGCCGCCUGGCAGCUUACUGCUUUCUGUCUCAUGUGGGCGGGUUUUGGCCUGGGAAUCCAAACGGCCCAAGUCCGGGGCAUGGUAGGCGAUCCCAAGUCUUUAUCGUCCGAGCAGCAACUGACCAUCAUCCAGCUCUUCAACCAGACGCACACUAUCCUCGGGACCGUUGUCAUCUGCCUGCUGGCGAUUCAACCUGCGCUCGGCUAUUUGCACCAUCGACACUACCUUAAGACGCACGGCCGAGGCGUUAUCAGCUAUGCGCAUAUCUGGUGGGGCCGCAUCUUGAUGAUCCUGGGUGUCAUUAACGGCGGUUCUGGCCUGCAACUGUCGAGGGAGCGCGACUCACUGAUCAUCGCCUACAGCGUGGUUGCUGGUGUCAUUUUCCUGGCCUAUUUCUUGUUCAAGGGCUGGGCCGUCUUCUUCCGGAACAACAAGGCUGGCGAUGCAUCGCCCAAAGUGGAAAACCCACCGAGGCGGCCGUACCAGGAGUCGAGGAGACAAGGGGAGCGGUAUGUUUAA